AUGUCUGUCGCAGCAAAAAAUGUGGCCCUCGUCAUCACCUCGACCCGCGGAGUUCGCGUAGGACCCAGCGUCGCGUCUCUUGUCUCGACAGUACUCCAGCCAUCGGCAAAGGCGGCAAACAUCAACCUCAAGACCGUCGACCUCAAGUCCUUCAACCUCCCCAUUUACAGCGAGUGGAUGCCUCCGAAGAUGGUCAGCCCCGGGGGCCCACAGUUCGAGCAGGAGACCUCCAAGGCCUGGGCCGACGAGAUGUCCUCCCACGACGGCUACAUCUUCAUCCUGAACGAGUACAACUACAGCAUGUCAGGCGCCGCCAAGAACGCCAUCGACUACCUUAUGAACGGCUUCACUGGCAAGCCUGUCGCGAUCAUUAGCUACGGCAUUCAGGGCGGGAACCUGGCCAACGACCACGCUCAGGGUGUCCUGUCCAAGAUGGGCCUGACGGUGAUCGAGCCGCGGCCGACGCUUGGCUUCUUCGGGGGCCGGGGCCCGGAGGGGAUCCUCGCCGUCACGGAGGGCAAGCUCGGGGAUGAGACGCGGAAGGACUGGAGCGAGGGCCACCGGGCCGAGAUCCUGGAGGCGUUCGAGAAGCUGGGCGAGCAGCUGCGUGUGCCUCACCCGGAGGGGGAGCAGCUCCCUCCCAACUAG